ACCAAUAUUUAAAAAUAAAUAAAUGGACAACAGCCAAGAAGAAAGGAAAAAGAAACUCUCUUGAAAAGAAGCUGUAAAGACUCAGCAAUUAUGGGGAAUGAUUCUCUUUCCAAGUUUUUGCUGCCUCUUGAUAAUGUACCUUGUGAUUGGAGUAUUACUUAUCUUAUUUGGAAGCAUUAUGUUAGCCAAUGCACUCAAUAUCAAUGAUAUUGAAAUUAGGUAUGAUGACAAAUGAGGGAACAAUCCAACUUGUACAGUAACUUUUACUCCUUCUGAAACCCUCAAAGAGCCAAAAUUGUACUAUAAAAUUGAUAAUUUUUAUGCUAAUCACAGAAAUUUUGUGAAAAGUAUAAGUUAUCAGCAACUGCGUGCAGACACUUCUUCAAGUUCUAGUUGCUCCCCUGUUACCAAAAAUAAAGAUAUCAGUACUCCUUUAACAGCAGUAGAUGGAACUACAACUCUUGAUCCAGAUAAAGAUGUUAAUCCUUGUGGAUUAAGAGCUAAAUAUUACUUCACAGAUACAUUUACCCUUUCAACAACUUCUGGGUCUUCUAUUACUAUUGAUCAGACUAAAAUUUCUCACUCAGUUGAUCGUAACAGUAGGUUUAAAAACUCAAAGAAUUACAUGACCGAGCAGUGGAAAGACAAGGAGAGUGAGCACUUAAUGGUUUGGUACCAGACAGAUGCUUUCCCUAAUUUCAUUAAGCUCUGGGGAUCCAUUAAACAAGAUCUUGUUGCUGGCACAAGCUAUCAAAUUACGAUUUCAAAUACCUAUAUAAACAGUGACAUAGAUUCUAAAUCAAUCUAUAUCUCUGAGACAAACUUCUUUGGAGGAAAUAACCUUACAUUCGGCCUGCUUUAUCUCAUCGGAGGAAUUGUCUUCAUCCUCUUAGCAGUAGUAAUGGUGAUCCUGGAGGUAUUUAUCGGCCACAGAAAAGAGAAAACGAAGGUGUCUAGCAGUAACAGAAAUCAUUAAUAAUAACAGUCUUGUUCAACCCUUGCCUCUCUUCUAUAUUCUGGCUUAAAUUAUGUGU